UGAGUGAGGCUGAGAGACUUCAGAGAAGUGUGACUAGCCCAAGGUCACCCAGCAGCUGCAUGUGGAGGAGCGGAGACGCAAACCCGGUUCCCCAGAUUAUGAGUCUACCGCUCUUGACCACUACACCAUGCUGGCUCCCAUAGCCCUGAUUUGCUCGUUCUUUCCAGAAACACUGCAUUUUCCCCAUUGGGACCAUGAUCCAACACAGCUCUAUGCAUGCAUGGCUGGCUGUGGCGAGAGGAUGCUCUAUGCUGCAUGCACCUGGAGGGGUGUGUAGCCUUACCAACUAUUGCGGCGGAAACUUCAAAACUGCCAUUCUAUUUUUAAGUUUUGAAUUUUAAACUGCAGAAUAGACUGCUUCAUUGUGGUGUGGUGGAAACUUCAGAGAAAUCCCCAGCUCUUCAGAAAUAUCCUCGUGUUAUUUACUUUUGAGGCCUAACGGGCGGUUAUGGGUAUCCAGCUGCAAAAAGAGGAGAGGGCGCCUGCACUUUUUAAUAGUUGUGUGGUGGCAGGUGAGUUUCAGCAGGUGUGGGCUACACUUGCUGAAUUGCCCACUUCUGCACAGCAAUUAAAGGGUCAGGAUCUCUGUCCUCUUUUUGAACCUGGCCACCCUCUUAAGAGACCCAUAGACCAGAAUUAAAUAGUCACAUCGUAAAAGAGGCUUACAGCUAGUCACAACCUCUUUCUGAAAGUUCAUUCUGGAGUCAUUCUGAAAGCCAGCGCUUUGCAAGCAGCACACCGACAAGCCCAACAGCAGCUGAAUGUUCCUCACGUGGAAGCUGUUAGUCUGUUUACGCGAGACAGGGAGCAGCUUUGCAGUGCUGUUAAUGGCCACAGAAUGCGAGAGAGACUCUUGCGGAAAAGAACAGGAAAAUACAAUUCUCUUUAGUUUCAGCUCUAGGUUAUAUCUAGAGUGCCCAUGUGCAAAAUAGGGUGGGAUUCCUACACCCAACUCAGCCACGAAGCUUGCUGGAUAAUUGUGGGCCAAUUAUGUACGCCAGCUCCCUCGGCCAAUAACGCGAGAUGAGCGCCGCAACCCCAGAGUCGGUCAUGACUGGACCUAAUGGUCAGGGGUCCCUUUACCUUAUGCUCUCUCAGCCUCACCCGCCUCACAAGGUCACUGUGAAGAUAGAAUGAGGAGGGGGAAGAACGUUGUAUAACCCCCCCCCCCCCCUUGAGCUCCUUGGAGAAAAGAUGGGAUAUAAAUGGAAUAAAUAAGUAAACUAUUAAAGAUGCAACAAGCCAUGCACUUUUUAAAAUAUCUAGCCACAGUUAACUCCAGUCAGAUUUAUGCAUAAAUCUGCAUAUAUAUAUAUAUCUCACCUUAAUAUCAGCAAGAAAAAGGAGAUGGUGUUGGACUUUCGGAGGAAGAGGAGAACUAGCCCCGUUGUACAUCAGGGAGGGCUGUGUGGAGAGAGUCUCUUCCUUUAAAUUCCUAGGAGUUUAUCUCAGUGAAGACCUUACUUGGAAAAUCAAUACAACCCAGGUGGUUAAGAAAGCCCAACAGAGACUCCAUUUCCUUAGAGUAUUGUGAAAGAACGAUGUCAAUCAACAUUUGAUGAUCUCCUUCUACCGGUCCACAAUAGAAAGUGUCCUUUCAUACUGCAUCACAGUGUGGUACGCUGGCUUGACAUCAACGGAUAGGAAGUGCCUACAGAGGGUGGUGAAUACAAGAUAUUAUGGGCUGUCCCGUGAAUCCGCUGGAUGACAUCGCAGAAGACUGUUGCCUCAGGAGAAUGAGGAAUAUUCUUAGGGAUGAUUCACACCCUGGCUGGCAAUUUUUUGAUCUCCUGCCCUCGAGCGGAAGAUAUAGAAGCAUGAUUAGUCCCACCAACAGGGCUAUGCUUCCCACUGGGUGGACUGUGAGACUGUGGCUUCUGUUUAAACUCCUUGCAAUGGUACAUGCAGAGAAGAUGCCGGAUACAGGUUCAUGCCAGCCUCAUCCCUCCUGUCACGAGUGCAUCCGGUCCCAUCCCAGCUGUGCUUGGUGCAAGCAACUGGAUUUUGUGCAAGCAGGUGAGUCAGACAUGGAGCGCUGUGCCCCUCGGGUGGAGCUGGAGCGUCGUGGCUGCCUCCCCAGUGAGAUAAUGGAUCCACACAGUGAGCAGCGUGUGCUGGAGGACAGGCCUCUGAGCAACAGCACCCAGCACCAGAGCUUCACUCAGCUCGCCCCGCAAAGAAUUGCUCUUCAGCUUCGGCCUGGGGAGGAGCAGAGGGUCACAGUGCGCUUCAGACGGGCUGAAGGUUACCCCGUGGACCUGUACUAUCUCAUGGACCUGUCGUACUCCAUGAAGGACGACCUGGAGAACAUCAAGCGGCUGGGGAGCCAUCUGCUCGCUGCCCUGCGUGACGUCACCACUUCGGUGAAGAUUGGGUUUGGCUCCUUUGUCGACAAGACGGUUCUGCCCUAUGUGGACACAGCGCCCUCCAAAUGGCAAAACCCCUGCUCUCCAUCGGACGAGUCCUGUCAGCCGGCAUUCAGCUACCAACACGUGCUGAAGCUCACAGACAACGCCAGCGAGUUCGAGAGCAGGGUCAGCCAGCAGCGCAUCUCUGGGAACAUGGACAUGGCCGAGGGGGGCUUUGAUGCCAUCAUGCAGGCAGUCAUUUGCAAGGAGCAGAUUGGCUGGCGUAAUGUGACGAAGCUCUUGGUCUUCACUUCGGAUGGCACAUUCCACAUGGCAGGAGAUGGGAAGCUGGGAGGGGUCUACAUGCCCAACGAUGGCCGCUGCCACUUGGAUGACAGAGGGCUAUAUACGAAAAGCCACCUAUAUGACUACCCUUCAGUUGCGCACCUGGCCGAGGUGCUGUCUGAAUCGAACAUCCAGGCCAUAUUUGCUGUGACUGGGCCCAGGCUUUCUAUGUAUGAGGAACUGAGCAGGCUCAUUCCCAAGUCCGUGGUUGGGGAACUGAGGGAGGAUUCCAGCAACGUGGUGCAGCUCAUCGCAGACGCCUACAGUAGCCUCUCGUCCACCGUGAAUUUGGUGCACUCUUCAGAUCUUGCUCCUGGCAUCGCCAUUGCUUACGACUCGCACUGUGGCGACUCGGAAACCUCUGGGCGCACGCAGGGGGAAUGCCUUGGCGUACGCGUCAACCAGCAGGUGGAAUUCUCAGUACGGAUAAAGGCCACCACCUGCCUGCCGGGUCCCCAGAAGGUGGUGCUGCGAGUUCUAGGAGUGGGUGAGGAGGUGCACAUAGAAGUGGCGACAUUGUGCGAUUGCCAGUGUGGAGAUACGCAGUCCAAUGCGCCUCACUGUUCUGGCGGCCGUGGCAACCUCACCUGUGGCAUCUGCAGCUGCCAGGAGGGCCAUGCCGGCCGGCUGUGCGAGUGCAAGCCAGAGGAGCUGGUGGACGCAGAGGCCACGUGCCGAGAUGCGAACGACACGGGCCCAGUGUGCAGCGGUAAGGGCCAGUGUGUGUGCGGGAAGUGCCAGUGCAAUGCCCAGGCGAGCGGACCCCUCUGCAAGUGUGACGAUGCUGGCUGCGAAAGGCACAACGGGCAGCUCUGUGGAGGCAACGGGCAAUGCAGAUGUGGCAACUGUGAGUGCCACCAGAACUAUACUGGCAGUGCAUGUCAGUGCAGCCUGGAGACCAGUGGAUGCACACAGGAGGGCGUUGUAUGCAGCGAUCACGGGCAUUGCGUCUGCAACAGAUGCCACUGUGAUGCUGGCUGGUUUGACAGUCACUGCAGCCGCUGUGCUGACUGCCAGACACCCUGUGAAGAGCACAGGAAUUGUGCAGAGUGCAGGGCUUUUGGAACUGGGCUGCUGCAGAAGACUUGCAGCGCAUCCUGCAACCAGACGGUGAAUGUGGUGCUGGCUUCCGCCACCGACGAAAGAUGGUGCCAGACCAAAGCAGAAGAUGGCAGCCUCCUCAUCUACCUCAUUGAGAGGGACAAGGAGGGCUCCAUCAGCCUGACAGUGAAUGGCAAAGAAGGUAACACGACCAAGAAGACAUUCAGGCUGGUACUGAGCUCAGUGCUGGGCUUGGUGUUUUUUGGAGUUUUCCUCAUAAUAGUCUACCGCAUAGUCUUGGAGAUCUAUGACCGGAGGGAGUUCAAGCGUUUCGAAAAGGAGAGGAAGCAUGCCAAGUGGAAUGAGGUGAACAAUCCUCUAUACCGGAGUGCCACUACCACAGUCAUCAAUCCCAAGUACAACAGUGACUGAGGAUUGGUGACUGCUGCUGGAUUUGGACUAUGGAGAAGCUGGGUUCGAAUCCUCACUCAAAAACACAGGGAUGUCUUCAUCUCUUAGCUUGGUCUAUCUACCUCGCAGCAUAAUUCCAAGUAAUAAAAUUUAAACUUUUU